AUGGCACAAUCGGGGGGUGGGAACUUGGAAGAGAAGAAGCAGCAGCAGAAGCAGCAAACAGCUAGGGGGAGCUCGGGCGGCGCAUCUCGUGCAGCGUCGAGCGGUCUGCGCCGUGAGGAAGCAUCUGCGGCUGAGCAGAAGAACCAGAGAUCCAAACUCCAAAAGCAUGCGUGUCCACGGGAUCGAAUGAGGAGCCGUAGCUUUAUCUGCGGACAAUUCUUCACUGUGGACUGUGGACGCUGGUUGGCUCGUGUACGGAGUAAGGGCCCUCCUGCUAGUACUACUCUCACACUCACUGCUACUAUUACCGCCGCUGCCUCCAUCACCACCACUACACCUCCCACGACCUCCCUACUAUCCGCUGGUACUUCUUGCUCAUCUCUAGCUACGAGCAGGAAGCGGAUUGGUCCUGGCUACAAGGACGUCAAAGAAGCGUCCCCGCAGCUUGUCACGACGUCUGCAAGGCCACCAGCCCCUGGUGUGGUUGAGAGACACUCUUUCUUCCAUUGA